AUGGUUGAACGAAAUCCAUCAUACUUGAAACAUAUUUGUUUCAGUGAUGAAUGUACUUUCUUUUUGGAUGGAAAAUUGCAUCGGCAAAAUGUACGUUACUGGAGUGAUGUUAAUCCACAUGAAUAUCACGAAGUUAACACUCAAUUUCCCAAGAAAAAAAAUGUUUGGGCAGGCAUAUUAGGAAAUCACAUCGUGGGACCAAUAUUCCUAACCGAAAAUUUAACCGGAACAUUGUAUUUAAGAUUAUUAGAAGAAGCUAUUAAUCCACGACUUUUGCAAAUUUUGCAACAGAAUCCUGACGAUUUUGAAAUGGAAUUAUUGUUUCAUCAAGACGGUGCACCUCCACAUUAUGCGGCAAUGGUACGAAAUUAUCUUGAUACAAAUUUUAAUGGACGGUGGAUCGGUCGACGUGGGCCGAUUGAAUGGCCAGCAAGAUCACCUGAUCUGACACCUUUAGAUUUCUUUUUAUGGGGUUAUUUAAAAUCCAAGAUUCCUAUCGAACGAAAUUUUGCAAUAGAAGAUAAUCCUCUUUCCGAAGAAGGUAAACUAAUAGCAUACGAAGAAUUACGUGAAACUCCAGAAAAUGUUGCAAAAGGUCUUAAAGAACUUCGAGCUUUUCUGGAACGUGACAAAACAAUACGUUAUGAUACCGAUGAUGAAUUUCUUAAAAUCUUUCUUCGUCCAACCAAAUUCUAUGCAUCAAGUGCUUAUGAUUUAAUGAAAAGAGUAGCAAAUUUUCGUGAAAAAUACAAAGAUUUAUUUGAUGGCUUACUUCCUGAACAUGAAAAAUUAAACUUCAUCAACAAUAACAUCGUAAAUAUUCUCGUUAAUAGAGAUCAUAAGGGUCGACGUGUUCUUAUCAUUAACGCGGGUACCUGGAACCCCUCAAAAGUCUCCUCAGAUCAGAUUUUACGUAUCUUAUACUUACUACAUUUGGCUGCAGUACAAGAACCGGAAACUCAAGUACGCGGACUUGUUGUUAUUAUGGAUUAUAAAAAUUUCGGAAUGAAACAACUCACCAAUUUUACUCUACCUUACGCAAUGAAACUUUUAUCAUUCAUGCAAGAUGCGUCAGUUUUAAGAUUAAAAGAAAUGCAUUUUAUUAAUAAUCCGAAAAUAUUUGAAACUGCGUGGAUGAUGAUUAAACCAUUGUUGAAUAAGAAGUUGUGUAAAAGGUUGUUUUUUCAUGAAAGUAAAAUGUCUUCUCUUCAUAAAUUUAUACCACCAAGUUACUUACCAUCUGAUUAUGGAGGAGAUCUACCAGCGAUAUUUUAUUCUGGAAUAGAUUGGUAUCCAGCUAUAGAAGGAUAUCUUGAUUUUUUUAAAAAGUGGAAUUCAUGUGGAAAAGUACGACCGGUAAAUCAAAAAAAGUAACGUAUUUUAUUGUAUUUUAUUUUUCUGGUGCUUGUCAAAAAUGCUAAGUAUUAUGAAUAAAUCAAACAAUCUUUUCAAAAACA